UUUGUUUAUACCGUCGCUUGUGUUGGUGUCAUUUCGUAAGCGAAAGCUCGUUUAGCACGUAUUUAAAAGAUUUAAAAUUAAAAACUGAGUGGUGUAGGCGAUAUAAAAGAACAGGCGGAACGCUACCGCACGUACAUAUACCAAUGUAUGUAUGUAUGUAUGUCAUUGCAAAGUAAAAAAAAUGUCUUCAGUGCGUGAAGUACGAGUUUAAUUACUACCCAACUUCAACGGUUCGUCUAUUGCUGGUCGUUUUUGAUUCGGGUCGGACAGCUUAAUGGUCGGGAAUAGAACGACGCGUGGACCAUGAUGGCGUGGACAUGUACCAGCCAACUUUCCAGCCAUCAGUCGAGCCGAGAAAAGAAAAAGCUCAAGAAAAUCAUGCCUAUAUUUCCCUGAUAAAUCGCACACAAACUACUCAAAGCGUGUUCUGCCUUGCCGAUCGGCGGGGUGCCUGCCAGGCAAACGAAAUUUAGUUAAAUUCGCAACACAUCAAGGGCACAUAGGGCAGAACGGUGGCGGGGCGACUGCGACGGCGGCGCGAGAUGGAAAACUAUAAUUGUAUUGCAUAUGUUCUCGUGCAUGUUGAUGUGUCCGUCUUUGUUCGUGUGGAUUUGUUCUAAGCCGUAUUUUUUGAUAUUGUGCACACUGUUCGCGCGCGCCGCUUGGCACACUCAUUUUUUUCUAUUUUUUCCGUGUACUUAUAUGACAGUUUUUAAAGAAAUGCAAAAUGGUUGCACGUCGGCUACUGCCCAACUGUUGCACUCAUCGCUUUUGCAAUCCAAACAAAACCGAAAUUAAACCAAACAAAAUCUCCCCCAAAAUAGUGUACUUCUUUUAACGAUAUGCUUCUGCUGAAUAAUCAUUUUAUCAAAUAUGUACGUAGCUGUAUGUAGCUGCGGUUAUCCUUCGAUUUAUAUUCCAUUCAAUAGCAUAGACAUUACACGACGUUCGCGGAGAAAUAAUUAAAUACAGAUGUAUGUAUGUAUGUAUAUACACUUACAGAUAUGUAGUCAAGCUUCAAACGGGAAAGCAACAGACAGCGACACCAGUAAUGUAUGUGGGACUAUUACGAUGACACCCACACCACAAGAUACAUAUCUAUGUAUAUAUAUGUAUAUGCAUGUAAAAUAAUGCAUGUGCACCUAUACGUAUUCGCAAAUGUGCAAACAUAUGUACAUACAAAUAUAACGCAUUGAAACAUUUUCAAGAAUUUUGCUGCCUUAGCACUGGAUCCAACAGUAACAGCCAGAGAAGUUUUUCGUUGACAUACAGUAAAUUAUUUUAUAUACAUAUGUACAUCGGAUACGUACUUAUGUAGCACAUAAUACUGUGAAAAAAAUAGAAAGAAAAAUGGCCAUGAAAACUUGCAAAUCUUAAUGUUAUACAUGAUUUCCAAGUGGUAUUAAAUUUCAAAAGCAACAAAUCAUACCAAAACAAGAGGCAUAACAAGUGGCUUCACAGACAGUCGAACCUUUUUAUAUACUGGUGAUCUCGACAUCGUAAUCGUAAUCCUAAUCGUAAUCGUAAUCGUCAUCGUAGCCGCAGUCUGUGUCUCCAGCUUUCUACAAGCGUUAGUAUAGGAGCGACAAGAACACAAGGAACUAAUGAAAUAACUAAUUGAAAGGAGUCCAUCCAAAACUCGAAAAGUUCCCUCAAGAAGGGUUCAUGAGAUUCGGAGUCAUUUUCACCAAGUCAGUGCGGUACGGCAGUGCCUACGCCGACGGCAAAUGGUCAAAGCAAACGACAAAGUUUUGAUUCUAUGUGCUUGUUUUUGUCUGCCGCUGCCAACCCACGGUUUUGACUGUUCUACUAUUUUACUUUUGUGCACGGCAGUAACUUUUGUGUUUCUUCAUCGAAAGCGUAAAGUGAUACAAAACAAAUACAAAGAAGAAUCAAGGUACUGGUAGAUGCGACAACGACCUUGGAUUGAAAGCCGUCGCCAAUGAAGGUUUUUAGUGAAAAUUCAUGUAAUGUGUAAUCAAUUAAUUGAGUAAAUCAGCCUGAAUACUUACUCAGUUAAAUGAAAGCGGCGUCAAGAGCCAUAUGGGUCUCCAUAUAAGCUGGAAAAACUAAAAUUGCAAUAAAAUCCAGAAAUUGAAUCCACUUAAUUGAAUCCACGCCAACAUCAUGGACUGUGAUUACUCAAAAUUCUUGUACAAAAUCGGACCCGGCACCAUACCAUCUCCGUGGACCCCAGUGAAUGCCGGUCCUCCAGGUGCACUAGGUUCGGCAGACACAAAUGGAAGUAUGGUGGAUAGUAAAAACUUGGAUGUUGGUGAUAUGAGCGAUGAUGAAAAGGAUCUAUCGUCUGCCGAUGCUGAGGGCGUUUGGAGUCCAGAUAUUGAACAGAGCUUUCAAGAGGCGUUAUCUAUAUAUCCACCAUGUGGACGUAGAAAAAUUAUUUUGUCGGACGAGGGAAAAAUGUAUGGUCGCAACGAGCUUAUUGCAAGGUACAUUAAACUGCGUACUGGCAAGACGAGAACCCGCAAACAAGUUAGCUCGCACAUCCAAGUGCUCGCCAGGCGGAAACUACGGGAAAUUCAAGCGAAAAUCAAAGUCGAACCCAAUGGUGUGUCCCUGCAUUUAAUAAAUGGCAAAGAUCAGACUCUGCAAGCCAUGAGCACGAUGACUAGUUCACAAAUCGUAUCUGCCCAAGCAGCCAAUAAUCUGGCACUGGCUGCUUCAGCGCUGUCCGUGGGUAUGCACCACGCGAAGCAUCACCCACAUCCUGCUCACCAACACCAGAUGGGUGUAGCUGCCGCAGCAGCAGUAGCUGCUGCAGCAGCAGCAGCAGCUGCAGUAGUGUGUCAGCCGACAUUAGGUGCUGCUGCUGGGCCCUGUUCUACGUCAGUCUCAAAGCCGCCGCUAAAUUCGUCGUCCUCACAGCGACAAUGUGCCCACUCUCACCACAACCAUUCCCAUCACAAUCUGACACACCUCCCGCAUAGUCAUAUGCAUCCCCAUCAUCACCAGAAUGCGGCGGCCGUUGCAGCAGUGUACCACUUCCAACAGCACCAAAAACACCAGCAGCAAAGUGGGCCAAGCGAGCCUGUCGUAGCCGCAGUAUCACCGAUUCUUGAUGUCUCAAUCACGAGUCAGGGCAUGACACCAACACAGUCCCAGCCAUUACACCAUCCGCCGUUGUAUCCGGGCCAAUUUUGGCAGCCUGGACUGCAGCCCAGCACCUCGCAAGAUUUCUAUGAUUACAGCAUCAAGCCGUUCGCACAGCCACCAUAUCCUGCGGGUAAACCAUCAACGGCCGUGUCCGGGGAUAUCGAAGCUGGUAUUCCGUCCGCACAAUUGCCAUGGGAGGGGCGCGCUAUUGCUACGCACAAAUUCCGCUUACUAGAGUUCACUGCGUUCAUGGAAAUCCAAAGAGAUGACAUGUUAACCUUGCAGUAUAACCGCCACCUUUUUGUGCAACUCGGCGGCAAGCCAUCAUUCUCCGAUCCGCUACUUGAGACAGUUGAUAUCCGACAAAUAUUUGACAAAUUUCCGGAAAAGUCUGGCGGGCUGAAAGAUCUCUAUGAAAAGGGUCCGCAAAAUGCAUUUUACCUGGUAAAGUGCUGGGCUGACUUAAAUACCGAUAUUACGACAGGCAGCGAAUCGGGUGAUUUUUAUGGGGUAACGAGCCAAUAUGAAAGCAAUGAGAACAUCGUGCUGGUAUGUUCGACGAUUGUGUGCUCAUUCGGCAAGCAAGUGGUGGAGAAAGUAGAGAGCGAGUACUCACGCCUGGAAAAUAAUCGCUACGUCUACCGCAUCCAGCGUUCACCUAUGUGCGAGUACAUGAUUAAUUUCAUACAGAAACUGAAAAAUUUACCCGAACGUUACAUGAUGAACAGCGUGCUAGAGAACUUUACAAUAUUACAAGUAAUGCGAGCGCGAGAGACGCAAGAGACUCUUCUAUGCAUAGCGUAUGUUUUUGAAGUGGCAGCGCAGAAUAGCGGCACCACGCACCACAUUUACCGUCUUAUAAAGGAAUAGCAAGAGCUGCGUGAAGCAGCGUCUAAUUUGUCCGCAAACCCCACCAAUGCACAAAUCAGCGAAUACAGCAGCAGCAACACCAACAGAAUCAAAAAUACAAAUAAAAGUAACAGUACGAUUAGUAGCCACCAUAACAGCAGUACCAACACCAAUGCCAACGAUCAUAGCAAAAAAACGCAAAAGUGUGCUAAAAGAGAUAUUACAAACGGAAACGCAUCUGAAUUGGAAAAACCUAUUAAACUGUCACCCACCUCUCCCCAGCUACAGCACCAACAGCCACAGUUACUGGUCCAUCAGCAAAAACUUGAUACGAUAGCUGCGCUACAGGUUAAAGAGGUUAUAUACGCACAUACGCUAGCAGAAAACACCUAUCAGUCACAACAGCAGUCGCAUGCGCGAAAUCAGCAUCGCACAAAUGCGCAGCCCUUUAGCGCAUGCAUCUCUAGCAAAAAUCAGGAGUUUGAGGCUGAAAAACUAGAGCAAAAACAAUUAGGCACAUUAGAGCACUUUCUAAGGCUAUCCGCAAUGGAAUAUGGUGUUACUGGAAAUCCAUCCGCUGCACUUAACCUCAGCAGUAUUUGCGGAAAGGAUCCCAUAUCUGAGUCCAAGCUAGAUAAAAAAGAAUCACAAGAGUUGUCCAUGGUUCAACAGGUAAAUUUAGGUGCAGACAUGGAGGUGGUGGUCGCUGCUGGUGCCAAAAUUGUCAGCAACCAUGAUCGCGAGCCGUAGACCAUUAAGUGUUGGCGAGUUUGUUUGUUGUAUCAAUUAGUAGUUUCCAAUUUAUUGAUCGGCUUACCUAACACCUGCGCAAUCUGAAAUACCUACGUUUGUAUCAAAUCUUUACAUUUUCCUCCCUUUUUCCUAGGCAGGUUACCAUGACUGAACUGAUUUUCCAAAUCGAAAAAAGAUAAUAUCAUUGUACAAAUUGUUCUAGUACAUUUUUGUAACCUUGGAAGGUCAUCCUUAUUUGGAUGUUCGUUCGAUUUCUGUACAUGUAAAAAUAGACAUAAAGUUAAUUGAAAGACAGGUCAUCUCUGUUGAUCAAAAACUUGAAUCACACAUAUUUGUACACUCGUAUCAAAACAAGUACAAUUCAUGAUGUACAUAGUAUCUUCUGAGAACCAGGGUAAAAACUAACCAAUUUGGGAAUAUUUCGAAAUUCCCGGUUUCUUAAAGUAAAGUAAAGUAAAAACGUUGUCAUUUAAAUAAAACAAAAAACGUUUUUAUAAUAACAAUAAAGAAGAAUUCUAAAAGUAUUGAAGUAACCACAAUUUCGGAAUUUUUUGGAUUAAAGCGAAGGUGUCUCGUAUUUUCGUAUUGGGGAUAGUUGGUAAUAUCUAACACCUUAAUUCGGGUGUUGUUCUGCGUGGACAGUCUGAUGUAAUUAAAUCAAUUUUAACACACAUUUACAUCAAAAAUACAUUUAAAUGAUCUCAAAGUUACUUAAAAUAUAUUUUUUGUUUAAUUUGUUUUUUUUUUUUAAACCCCAACAAAAAAGUAAGCAAAAGAAAAAAUUUAACAGUUGCUGCGCGCUGAUUUUGAAGCAAAAACGAAAGAGAGAAUAUGUACAUCGACUUUAAUGCGUAUACGGAUGCGUACGAAUAAUAUGUAUAUAUGUACGUAUUUCUUUAUAUAUCCUUAGGUACUACAUACAUAUUUCUGGUUUUUUUUUUCAAAUAAUUUUUGUUGAUAUUUUUAAAGUAUGUCACAUAACAAUAUUGCUUAAACUUUUUAAUUAUAUUCUAAGUAUGAAGCAAAGUUUGAAUUAGCAACGUGUCAGAAGGAUGCAGAAGUAUUCUGAGAAUCAAUUGGUUACUCACUUGUAACUCGCAGGAGGUUGCUCAUGAGUUUGGGUUGGCUGUGUGACACUGCACAAGGAAUGCUCAAUCCGAUGAAAGCAAUCUUUGCAUGAGAAUAGCUACUUGCAAUAGAGAAUAUUUUAUGAUGGACUGUUUUUCUCUUUUCAUACGUAUUGUCAACGUACAACAUACAUGUAGUCCAUACAUAUGUAUAUCUAAUUAAGUUCAUUAAGCAUGAAUCGAAUGAUCCACCGUUAAUUAAAUGAUUAUUUAUUGAUUUAUAAUGAUAAUUAUUCAUGACUAUAUGAAAAACUAAACGCAAGCAGAAAAAUCGAGUACGUAAUAGGUAUUUACGCACUCCCUGCAUCCACUGAAGGCUAAGCUCGAACCUACGUGCAUACAUAUGUACAUAUUGGUUUAUUAGAUAAGGAACCAAGUGUGCGGGGGAGUUUUGGCCAGUUCUCUCACUCGUUCACAAAAUAUAAGAAAAAUCAUUUAAAACGCCUAAUAUAAUUGUAUAAUACUGUAAUUCUGGUUUACUCGUAAAUUGACAUGACUAUAACAUGUAAUAAAACACAAAACUCUAAAUGUAAAUGUAAAACCAUAUUAAAUAAUGUGAAGUACUUCGUUGUUGUACGAAUAAAAAAAAACGCAUUUUUUUGUUUGUCUGUAAGUAAUGUAAAUUGCAAAUGCAAUUGAAAGCAAGAAACAAAGGCCCGUAACAAUGGCGAGGGUUGUAAAUUUAUUCGAGAGCUUAGCUAAGCAGUAACAAUAAUAAUUAUAAUAAAAUAAGUAAUCAAUGAAAAACCCACUGUUGCAAAAAAUUAAAUAAUUACUAAAAUGUCUUUUUAGUAAAAAUAAAAGUUUACACGAUUAUUAUAUAUACUGUACAACUUUAAAAUCGAUAUGUUUUCUAACAGGAAUUAUAUUUCAACUACAAACUGCAACUGAGUAAGAACAGAGACAAAAAACCUUAUAUUAAUUUAAUAAAAUAGUGCCUAACAUAAGCAAAGUAUUAUACAAUUCAUUGGUAAAUGGCCAAUGGUAAUUGAAUGGGCACAGCAGAGGGCCAAAGCCUUGUUCUAUGAGCACUCAGCAAGCAACAUUUUUCCGAUUUUUUUUUAUCGAUUGAUGUAUUUCCAAUUCAAAAUGAAGUAAAUAUAUAUUUAUGCACCUAUUAACAGUUCACACAUUGUGAAUUGAUUGCUUUGAUUCGUAUGCUUACAAAUCUCAUUUUUCUUAAGAAUCUGAUUAUGUUAUUUAGAUAAUAUCAAGAUACGCAUACAUACAAACACCCAUGCAGUAUAAAUAACAAUUACUAAGAACUUAGUUUUAUAUAAUUUUCGGAAAGCCCUUCCUAUCUAAAGCUGUUGAGAAAGUUGUACAGCUCUACGGAAAGCAAAUCCGUAUGGGAACUACAGAUGUAAAUAUAUAUACGUAUAUAUAUUCUUACAUGUGUAUGUUCAUAAAUAAGCACCUUUUUUAAUAUUGAUUCAGCCUUGCAAGUAAUUAAAAAUAUUUUGGAUUCUUUCGGUUUCAUAUAAAUUGGUUUUAUAUAAUUUAUCAAAUAUGCAUUUCUCAAAAUGUUUAAAGAUUUUCAAACACCAUGUUCACCGUAAUUGAUCCUAACCCUAAUCCUAUCUCAAUCUGGUUUAGAUUUACCCUAUUUAUAGUACGUAUGUACAUUCAAAAAUAUGUGUAUUGAAAUAAUCCGAAAUAAUUUGAAAGUUAAACUUUUUCGGUGAUUAGUUCGUGUUAGAAGGCAGUAAGAAUCUUAACAUGAAUAAAGUUUACAUUUGAAUAUGCGUAUGGAUCACAGGGUAAAUGUGGAAAGUUUUAAUGUUCCUUAAUGGUUCAGUUGCGUUUCUUUCAUUGGUGCUCAAAUAAAUUAAGGAAAAAA